AUGGCCAUGGUAAGUUGUUUUUUUAUUAUUUUUUGAUUUUAGACGAGAUUUCCAAUUUUUUUCUAGGCAAGAGCCUUAUAAACCGUUUACAGGAGGCAGAAAUAAUGAAAUCGAACAAGGGAAUGGCCAAGUGGUAGUUGCUAAAGGAGGUAAGAUUGGAUUUAAGUAUUCUUAUUCUGUUUUUAGGUAAUAAAUUAUUACCUGGAAGUCCGAUUUCACUCCCGUCGGCCGUAUUUUUGCUCAAAACUAUGCCCAUUUCGAUUCUCGGAUUAGACACAUGCAAUAUGAGGUAAAUGAAGGUGUUUUUUUUUUCUGAAAAUGAUAAGGAAAUUUUACAUUGCUUUUGAUUUCCAGGAAGGUAAUUUGGCGGCCAUGA